AUGGGAGGGAUGUGAGUGGAGAGAGAAGCUGGGAGGGUGCGAAUGAUCAGAGAGAACAAGCGAGCAUCUAGUUGGAGAGCUACAGGAGGGGGCACACUGACUGCCUGUACUCGCACUGACAGAUUGACACUAAAAGGGACAAACACCAUUAUCGUGCCCAUGCCUGGAUACACCUGACGGGCUGAUCCAUGGAUAGACCGGGGAGAACGUAGAACUCGCCUCCUGUAGCACUUAUUAACCUUCCAGCCCCAUGUGUAGCUCUCUCAUCCAUUGUGAUCCGGAGAACAGAGAGCCGAUCCUUCCCUCAAGAAGAGUCGGGGACCCCUUUGACUGUGUCUCAGAGGGGGUUCAUGGGAAGAAGCUUCAGACGGAGAGUACUGAGCAUGGAUAUGGAAAGUAAGAAUUAGUGGGGGGAAGAGGCAGCGGAGAGAAGAAGGCAGAGGUGUGAGGGCAGCUGUCACUAGACAUGGAUUGCAGUGCGCUGAGAAGACUCAUCAACAGAUACUGUGCUGGAGAAGAGAACUGGGUAGACAAUAGAACUAUUUAUGUUGGCCACAAACAGCCCCCUCCAGGCACUGAGGCGUACAUUCCUCAGAGGUAUCCAGAUAACAGGAUAGUCUCCUCAAAGUACACUUUCUGGAACUUUGUACCGAAGAACUUGUUUGAACAAUUCAGAAGAAUAGCAAAUUUCUAUUUCCUUAUUAUUUUUCUUGUACAGCUUAUCAUUGAUACACCAACUAGUCCAGUAACCAGUGGUUUGCCACUCUUCUUUGUGAUCACUGUGACAGCAAUUAAACAGGGCUAUGAAGAUUGGCUGAGGCAUAAAGCUGACAAUGCAAUGAACCAGUACUCAGUCCAUGUUGUUCAGCAUGGGAAACUGGUCAGGACACAAAGCAGGAAAUUAAGGGUUGGAGACAUUGUAAUGGUAAGAGAAGAUGAGGCUUUUCCAUGUGAUUUGGUAUUUUUAUCAUCAAGCAGAGAGGAUGGAACAUGUUUUGUUACUACAGCUAGUUUAGAUGGAGAAUCCAGUCAUAAAACCUAUUAUGCUAUUAAUGAUACAAAAUCAUUUCACCAUGAAGAGGAAAUGGAGGGACUGCAUGCUACGAUAGAAUGUGAACAACCACAGCCAGACCUGUACAAGUUUGUUGGUCGGAUAAACAUUUACAAUGAAGCAGAUGAGCCAGUUGCAAGGCCUUUAGGAUCUGAAAAUCUGCUGCUUCGUGGUGCCACGUUAAAAAACACAGAGAAGAUAUUUGGUGUUGCAAUAUACACUGGCAUGGAAACCAAAAUGGCAUUGAAUUACCAGUCCAAAUCACAGAAAAGAUCUGCUGUUGAAAAGUCAAUGAAUGCAUUUCUUAUUGUGUAUCUGUGCAUUUUGAUCAGUAAAGCUUUAAUAAACACUGUGCUUAAGUAUAUAUGGCAGAGCGACUCUUCCCGCGAUGAGCCCUGGUACAACCAAAAAACUGAUUCAGAGCGACAAAAAAAUAAAUUCCUUGGAGCAUUUACAGACUUUUUAGCUUUCAUGGUCCUCUUCAACUACAUCAUUCCUGUGUCCAUGUAUGUCACAGUGGAAAUGCAGAAAUUUUUGGGGUCCUAUUUUAUCUCUUGGGAUGAAGAAAUGUUUGAUGAAACUACAGGAGAGGGUCCUAUUGUCAACACAUCUGACUUGAACGAAGAAUUGGGACAGGUUGAAUACAUAUUUACAGACAAGACUGGGACUUUAACUGAGAACAACAUGGAGUUUGUUGAAUGUUGCAUUGAAGGGCAUGUUUAUAUCCCACAUGUCAUCUGCAAUGGACAGAUCCUCCCUGACUGUAUGGGCAUCGACAUGAUUGAUUCCUCUCCUGGAGCUGGUGGCAAAGAGAGGGAAGAACUAUUUUUCCGUGCACUUUGCUUAUGCCACACCGUGCAGGUAAAGGAUGAAGAUCAUAUAGAUGGAGAGAAAAAAUCUAGUCACUCCGGAAGAUCCAGUGUAUAUAUUUCAUCUUCUCCUGAUGAAGUUGCACUUGUUGAAGGUGUUCAAAGGCUCGGCUAUACAUUUUUAAGGGUGAAAGAUAAUUACAUGGAAAUAUGUAACCGAGAAAAUGACAUUGAAAAGUUUGAACUGCUGCAGGUUCUGACGUUUGAUUCCGUGAGAAGACGGAUGAGUGUUAUAGUCAGAUCAUCCACAGGUGACAUCUACCUGUUCUGCAAAGGAGCAGACUCUUCCAUAUUCCCCAGGGUCAGAGAAGGCAAAGUGGACCAAAUUCGAGCCAGAGUUGAACGCAAUGCAGUGGAAGGGCUGAGAACUCUGUGUGUUGCUUACAAAAAAUUUUCUCAAGAUGAAUAUGAAUGGGCUAACAAACUGCUCAAGGACGCACAACUGGCACUUCAGGACAGAGAGAAGAAACUGGCAGAAGCAUACGAACAAAUAGAACAGGAUCUUAUUUUACUAGGUGCUACAGCAGUUGAAGACAGGCUUCAGGAGAAAGCUGCUGAUACAAUAGAAUCGCUCCAGAAAGCUGGCAUUAAAGUCUGGGUAUUGACAGGAGACAAAAUGGAGACCGCAUCUGCUACCUGUUAUGCCUGCAAACUCUUCAGAAGGAACACACAGCUGUUAGAGCUCACCACAAAGAGAAUAGAGGAGCAGAGUCUGCAUGAUGUUCUGUUUGAGCUCAGCAGGACAGUCCUAAGGCACAGUGAAAGCUUAACAAGAGACAAUUUCUCAGGGUUUUCAACAGAUUUUCAGGACUAUGGUUUAAUUAUUGAUGGGGCUACACUGUCAUUAAUAAUGAAACCCAGGGAAGAUGGGAGCUCUACAAACUACAGAGAGGUGUUCCUGGAAAUCUGCCGAAACUGCAGCGCAGUUCUCUGCUGUCGAAUGGCACCACUACAGAAAGCACAGAUUGUUAAAUUAAUCAAGUCUUCGAGGGAACAUCCAAUUACGCUGGCCGUUGGUGAUGGGGCUAAUGAUGUCAGCAUGAUUUUAGAAGCACAUGUGGGCAUAGGGGUAAUUGGAAAGGAGGGAAGACAAGCUGCCAGAAACAGUGACUAUGCAAUUCCUAAAUUUAAACAUUUAAAAAGGAUGCUGCUGAUCCAUGGACAUUAUUAUUAUGUUAGGAUUUCAGAACUUGUGCAAUAUUUCUUUUAUAAGAACGUCUGCUUUAUUUUCCCUCAGUUUUUAUACCAGUUCUUCUGUGGCUUCUCACAACAGCCUUUGUAUGAUACCGCAUACCUGACACUUUACAAUAUCAGCUUCACUUCCCUUCCCAUCCUCUUGUAUAGUCUGAUAGAGCAGCAUGUUAGUGUGGAUGUGCUGAAGCGAGAUCCUACUCUGUAUAGGGAUAUUGCCAAGAAUGCAUUACUUCGAUGGCGCUUGUUCAUUUAUUGGACAUUCCUGGGACUGUUUGACGCUGCAGUGUUUUUCUUUGGAGCGUACUUCCUGUAUGACAAUGCCACUGUUACCAGCAAUGGGCAGAUGCUGGGGAACUGGACCUUUGGGACACUGGUGUUUACCGUCCUUGUUUUUACAGUGACAUUUAAGCUUGCACUGGAUACACAUUACUGGACAUGGAUCAACCACUUUGUAAUAUGGGGAUCUCUCUUAUUCUACAUCAUCUUUUCACUGCUGUGGGGAGGAAUUAUCUGGCCAUUUCUCAAUUAUCAGAGGAUGUAUUAUGUAUUUAUACAAAUGCUGUCAAGUGGUCCAGCUUGGCUGGGAAUUGUUCUCCUCAUUAUUGUCAGCCUUCUCCCUGAUGUCCUCAGGAAAGUAAUAUGCAGGCAGCUAUGGCCCACAGCAACAGAAAGGAUCCAGGAUGCUUCCAUGAGGUCCAAGGAGGUUUCUGAGUUUACCCCCCUUGCCACAAUGCAAAGCCCAACCUACCAAAGCAACGAGUUCAACACUGCUACACCCAGCAGGUCUAAUUCUCUUUCUAAAAAAGUGAUGCUCACUCACUGGCAAAACAAAGAUUCUUUAAAAUUCCCAUACCUUUUUGGCUAUUCCAACACAAGCUAUAAUUCCAACGCAGGCUCUAACCUCUGCAGGUCAGGGCUGGAAACAUCUGUGUGACAGAUCACCACUGCAAGCCUUUAGAACUCUAUUUUUUAAGUGUAUUUGAAUAAGUUGAGGAUGCAACAAAUCGAUUGUGUAAUAGAACUUCUGCCUCUUGGACUCAGCUGCCUGACUUUGAGAGAGGAUUCGACUCUCUUGGCCUUGGGGGCUCUAAUUUCUAUUUUUAAGCACUGCAGCAAAGAACAAUCUCCACAGUCUGGUACUGUGGGACUGAUAGCACUAUAGAUUCUCUAUUUCCUGCCCAGAGAUUUUAUGGGUUGAUUAGUCAUGUCUGCUUUAGUUUAUUUGUUUUUUUAAUAAUUCUAUAUUGUCUUUGUGAUUGAUUUGUAUGUCUAAGUUAACAGGCUGAUAUCAGAGAGGAGUGCACAACUCAUCUAACUAAAGCUCAUACUUUCUUUUUUUUUCUCUCUUUUUCUGUCGGUCACCAAAGAAGCUGGUGUUGCGUUUGUGCUCAUUUUUUUUCCAGAAAUACUGGCUAGCAGUCAUUUCAUUGUAAGUUGCCAAAUGGGUUUAUUUUGUACUUCUCGUACCCCCCAUAGUUAAGAUAGUUCUAGACUUGUGCAUGUGUUGCGUGUCUUAUAUGUGUCUUGCAGCCCAUGUAUUGUCAGCAGCUCUUUUCCACAAGAACCUUUCAGAACUGAAGGUAAUGGUCCUCAGUAUUUAAAGGUGCAUUAUGGAAUAGAUCCAAGUAGUAACAGCAGACCCAUGUGAUGUCCUUACAUGUUUAAAUAUGUAUACGUUUUAGCUGUCAGGUUUCUUUCGCAUAUUUAUUAGAGAAAGACUGUUACAAAACAAAACAUUUCACAACGAUGCUGGGCAUUAGGAGCUGCUGAUUUUAGUGUGUAGGAAGGUGGGUUUUUUCCAAUGAGAUCAGAAUCCUAGGUCUGCAGUCCAGUUCUUGGACCUAUUGUUGAUGCUAAUGUGUAGUAGUCCUCUGGAAUAUUUUAGGGCUCCCAUCUUUGGAUGACAUUUUUGCUGUGGGGGUUCUUUUGUAUUCCUUUCUCUAAUUUCUCACAGUUCUUUUGUAUAUACAGACGCUACUAAGAAUACUUCUAGUUUAGCAUUUUCAGAGAAGUGGAGUAAAUGCACCUAUUCAAAUGCACGUUAGAGGAAUUCUAGAAUUUACAGACCUGCAUUUAACAUAGGACUUUCCUAAAUGCUAACAUGCUUCCAUCACUAGGGACAAAUAUUAGUUAAACAAGAAAGCACAACUUACAACUUGCUGCCAGUGAAUGUUGCCUCUUUAUUUUUAGGUACCAUGAAUUAGUGAUUGAUAGUUUUGCCCUCUGCUAGAAUACUAGCUUUUUUUAAAUUUAGAAUAUGUUUAGCUCCUGAGCAGGGGUUGUUAGAUUUUUUGCUCAGGGUCCCAUUUAGCUCAUAACAAGGUUGUAGCAACCAUUCAGCAAUUGUUUUAAGAAAAUCUAAGACAGCAUAAAGUUUUUACAAGAGAUCUCACCUUAACUGACCCUCUACGGGCCGUGUGGGAGUGAUGAGAUGACAAGGCACAGGAUCAUCUACAGUACUCGAAGGCCCGGACUACAGGUAGGUAGAUAGAAGUACUGCUUGCCUAGCGCCCCCCAGCUAUGGCACCUAGGCACGUACCUCUUCUGCCUUUUCUGCCUACCUCUAGUUCCAGCCCUGUUCACUACAUAUUACCCAUACAACUUUACAGACUUUACAACUUUACAAACUUAAUAUCUAAAAAUUACUCAUGUUCACCUUUGUUUACUAUCUACCCAAAGGAAAAAGAACAUUUUAUGGUGAAGUGGCUCUUUAAGGAAUAAGAGAUUUAAUAAUAUAGGUUUUAAUUAUUAGUAGUUACAGAACCAUUUUCACAUACACAUAUAAAAUAAAACUGUAAACCUCAUAUGGCUUAUUAACUGAUCUAUGGUUCGUGCCUAACCAUUGCACCCUAGGCAUUUGACUCUCCUGCCUGCCACUAGUUCCAGCCCUGAAUACGAGUAAUUACAUUAAAAUGAAUGUGUUGCCCAUUGAGAAUAUUUAUGACAAGGUACAAUGCAAAUUGUACAAUGUACAAUGCAGGUAUUUCUUACCUGACAUGAACACAAUAUUUAUCUCAUUACAACGCAGGUCAUUCUAACAGUGAUAAAAUUAGACAGCCUAAACUAGGCAGCCUAUUUGUACUAACACUUUGCACUAGAAUAUUUUUAUAAUAGAAUGUCCUAUAUUUAUUAUAGUAUUAAGAAUUAAUAUUUACUUAUGGUGAUAACAUAUCAGUAUCAAUUAAAGGUGGCCAUGCACGCACCGAGCAUAUCAAACAAAGUUACAACUAAUAUUGGUAAAAGCCUUGGAUAUCGGAUGUCUCGUCAAUUGGGCAGGAUCCGGUGCCUUUGAAGGCACAAAUAGAACUACUUAACAAUCUUACAUUCAAUUUAAAAAAAAAAGUAGCUCAUCCUUGUUCCCGCUCUUCCUCUGUCUAUAUAUACAUAUAUAAAAUUGUUAUUUUUCUUAAUAUUUUUCUAAUCAUAUUUUGAAGCCUAUUUGAAAAUUGGUAUUAGGCACAAGAUAUAUUCCACGGCUUUUCUUUGCAGGUUAAUUAAUAGGGUACAGUGUAGGAUACGCACUGGUGUACUGGUGUAUAGCCUUAAAGGAGAGCUGAAGCUUACCAAAGAAGUAUAUUACAUUUUGGGAUUCUUGCUAAGCACACUGAACAUGUGCAGAGUCACUGACAAUCCUAACAAAAUCCAAGCUGGUGACUUACUGUGGCCUGAAAUAUUACUGUUAGGCUGGUGCAUUAGUUCAGUAUAUAAAAUAUGGCCUGUCUACCUAUAUUUGUACAGGUAUGGGAUCUGUUAUCCAGAAACCUGUUAUGCAUAUCUUCUGAAUUAUAGGAAGGCCAUCUACCAAUGACUCCAUUAUAAGCAAAUAAUGCUAAUUUUUAAAAAUAAAUUUUUAUUUCUCUGUAAUAAUAAAACAGUAGCUUGUAGUUGAGCCAAAGCAAGAUAUAAUUAGUCCUUAUUGGAGUCACAAGAUUCCUAUUGGGUUUACUUAAUGUUUAAAUGAUUUAACUUAGACUUAAGGCAUGAAAGACAUGAACAUGACAUGAAAAAAAGACAUGAAACUUACAGAAAGACCCCUUUUCCAGAAAUCCCCAGGUUCUGAACAUUCUGGAUAACAGAUUCCAUAUCUGCAUCUAUAUGCUUUAUGUCUCAUUUAAGAAGACUAAGUUCUAAAUUGAAAUGAUAGUCUUUACUUAUUGUGAGUUUUGCGGGUCUAUAAAUACAAGCCAGAAGCCGGGUCGGGUAGGGUUCGGGUUGGGAGUGGGCAGGUUAGGGUGGGGUGCUUCAUCACUACUGGAAACAAUGUAUACAUCUGCAGGUGACAAAUUGACCUAAACCCAAAAAGAUUCUAAGUUAUUUACCAUUUAUUGGAUAUCUCUAAUAUAAACCCAUUGGGACAUGAAUGUAAUUCAGAUAUUUCUGUUAAUGUUAACUUGCCAGAUAACUCUUAGAGGCCUAUUUAUAAAAAUUCAAAUUUGUGGAUUGUUGAUUUUUUUUUAACAUAAAUGUAUGCUUAUUUAUUAAAAAAAAAACUUGAGCUUUGAAAACUUGA